AUGAAAUUUCUGCUUUACCUGGUUACGUGCUUUCUCCUCUUAAACGUUUCCGCAACCACACAAUCUCUCAUUAAAGAUUCUUGCAAGAAAGCUGCAUCGAAAAACCGAAAACUCAAACUCGAUUUCUGCCUCAAGUCUCUCGAAGGGUGUAAGCAGUGCAAAACCGCAAAUAAUCUCACCGAACUAACCACGGCGUCGAUGAAGAACACUAGGAUAACAUCGAAGAAAAUGCGUGACAAGAUGAAGAAGGAUUUUGACGCGAGGAAAUAUCCCAAGGACAAUGACUUGCUGGUAAUGGAGUGUCUCAACGAUUAUUCAGGAACUUCUCAGAUAUUGAACUCGGCUAUGGAGACCUUUAAAGAAGGUGAUUACAAAGACGUUAUCGAGAGACUGAAUUAUGCAACGGAAGGCUUGGAUGCUUGCGAUGAAGGAUACAAAGAAAGAUCAACGCCUCAGAUAUCUCCGUUUCUGAAAAACAACGAGUUUCUAAGUCAUUUGAUUCAGAUUCCUAUAGCUUUUACAGAGAUGUUGAGAUGA